ACAAUGGUCUGAGCCGAGCUCUGCUUCCCAAAGCAAAAUUUGUAAUAUGCCAUUUUUCCCAUGGAUGCUUCUCCUCUUGCCUGCUGACGAAGUGACCGAAGAAGAUGCUGAGGUGCCAAGCAGCCAGUCUUGCCGGAGGACGGGUGCGGGAGCUUGGGGUUUCUCGGAGCAACGCCUGUGUCACCAUUGCUAGGAAGAUGGUCCAGGAGUGCUCGGCUGUGUGAGUCCCCGCUCGAAGCCGGUGGAGACUGCGGUUGUUAUUGAUCAAGUGAAAUAGCAGACGCCGAAAUAAAAGCCACUAGAAAUGAUGUGUGAAGUGAUGCCAACGAUAAAUGAGGACACCCCAAUGAGUCAACGGGGGUCCCAAAGCAGUGGCUCAGACUCAGAUUCUCACUUUGAGCAGCUGAUGGUGAACAUGCUGGAUGAAAGGGACCGUCUCCUUGAUACUCUUCGGGAGACACAGGAAAGCUUGUCACUUGCACAACAACGCCUACAGGAUGUCAUCUAUGACAGAGACUCCCUCCAGCGACAGCUUAACUCAGCACUGCCUCAGAUGACGGUUGCUGCUGGUACGAGCAUUGAGAAUAACAUUCAAAGGACCAUAUCCUGCCCUAAUGAAUUUGCUGCACUGACAAAAGAAUUAAAUGCAUGCAGGGAGCAGCUGCUUGAAAAAGAGGAGGAGAUUUCAGAACUGAAAGCUGAAAGAAACAACACAAGACUGUUACUGGAACAUUUGGAGUGCCUUGUCUCAAGACACGAAAGGUCACUGAGGAUGACAGUGGUGAAACGGCAAGCACAGUCUCCCUCAGGAGUUUCCAGUGAAGUUGAGGUCCUCAAAGCUCUGAAAUCUCUGUUUGAGCACCACAAGGCUUUGGAUGAAAAGGUAAGGGAACGACUGAGGGUUUCUUUAGAAAGAGUCUCUGCACUGGAAGAAGAACUAGCUGCUGCUAACCAGGAGAUUGUAGCUUUACGUGAACAAAAUGCACACAUUCAAAGGAAAAUGGCAGCUGGUGAAGGGCCUGCUGAAUCAGAGCAUAUCGAAGGAAUGGAGCCAGGGCAAAAGGUUCAUGAAAAGCGACUAUCGAAUGGCUCCAUAGACUCAAACGAUGAAGCCAGUCAAGUUGUUGAACUUCAGGAACUACUGGAAAAGCAAAACUAUGAAAUGGCACAAAUGAAGGAGCGUUUGGCUGCACUGUCUUCCCGGGUGGGAGAGGUAGAACAGGAAGCAGAGACUGCCAGAAAGGAGCUCAUUAAAACAGAAGAAAUGAACAGUAAAUAUCAGAGAGAUAUUAGAGAGGCAAUGGCACAAAAGGAAGAUAUGGAGGAAAGAAUUACUACCCUGGAGAAGCGCUACCUCAGUGCACAAAGAGAAUCCACCUCCAUACAUGACAUGAACGAUAAGCUAGAAAAUGAACUGGCAAACAAGGAAGCCAUCCUACGUCAGCUGGAAGACAAAAACAGACAGCUGCAAGAACGUCUCGAGCUGGCUGAGCAGAAGCUGCAGCAGACAAUGAGGAAAGCUGAAACCUUACCCGAAGUGGAGGCUGAACUGGCUCAAAGAAUUGCAGCUCUGACCAAGUCUGAUCCAACCUCUUCUACCUCAUCUGAUGAUUAUCAAUAUGUUAUGGAAGCUAAACUACAAGAAAUGAUCUCCAUACGUAGGAAGGCAGAAGAAAGACACGGAAACAUCGAGGAACGAAUGAGACACUUAGAAGCUCAACUUGAAGAGAAGAAUCAGGAACUUCAAAGAGCAAGGCAAAGAGAAAAAAUGAAUGAGGAGCACAACAAAAGGUUAUCAGAUACUGUAGACAGACUUCUGACAGAGUCCAAUGAGCGUCUGCAGCUACACUUGAAAGAGAGAAUGGCAGCACUUGAAGAAAAGAAUGUUUUGAUUCAAGAAUCUGAAAGUUUCAGGAAAAAUCUAGAAGAAUCUUUACAUGACAAGGAAAGACUUGCUGAAGAAAUUGAGAAACUGAGAUCUGAACUGGAUCAAAUGAAACUGAGGACUGGUUCUUUAAUUGAACCCACAUUGUUGAGGCCUCACCUUGACACAUCAGCAGAGCUGAGGUACUCUGUGGGCUCACUGGUUGAUAGCCAGUCUGACUAUCGAUCAACUAAAGUGAUAAGGCGACCUAGAAGAGGCCGGAUGGGCGUACGCAGAGAUGAGCCAAAGGUAAAAUCUCUUGGAGAUCACGAGUGGAAUAGGACCCAGCAGAUUGGCAUUUUGAGCAGCCAUCCAUUUGAAAGUGACACUGAAAUGUCCGACAUUGACGACGAUGAUAGAGAAACACUUUUCAGCUCCAUGGACCUCCUGUCACCAAGUGGUCACUCCGAUGCCCAGACUCUGGCCAUGAUGCUGCAGGAGCAGCUCGAUGCAAUCAAUAAAGAAAUCAGGUUAAUCCAAGAAGAGAAAGAGUCAACAGAACUACGUGCUGAAGAAAUAGAGAACAGAGUGGCCAGUGUGAGUCUAGAAGGCUUAAAUUUGGCCAGAGUCCACCAAGGUACAUCCAUUACUGGCUCAGUGACAGCAUCAUCACUUGCAAGCUCAUCUCCUCCCAGCGGACACUCAACUCCUAAACUCACCCCUCGCAGUCCAGCCAGGGAGAUGGACAGAAUGGGGGUUAUGACACUGCCAAGUGACCUAAGGAAACAUCGGAGAAAGAUUGCAGUUGUUGAAGAAGAUGGGCGUGAAGAUAAAGCCACAAUCAAGUGUGAAACUUCUCCUCCUCCAACACCCAGAGCUAUCAGAAUGACUCAUACACUUCCUUCCUCAUACCACAAUGAUGCCAGAAGUAGUUUGCCUGCUUCCUUGGAGCCAGAAAGCAUUGGUCUUGGCAGUGUCAGCAGCAGCCAGGACUCCCUGCACAAAGCUCCCAAGAAGAAAGGAAUCAAGUCUUCAAUAGGACGCUUGUUCGGUAAAAAAGAGAAGGCUCGACUUGGACAGCUCAGAGGUUACAUGGAAACAGAAGCAGCAGUUCAGGAAUCUCUGGGAUUAGGCAAACUUGGAACCCAAGCAGAAAAGGACCGAAGACUAAAGAAAAAACACGAACUUCUGGAAGAAGCUCGAAGAAAAGGUUUGCCUUUUGCACAGUGGGAUGGGCCAACAGUGGUUGCCUGGCUGGAGCUCUGGCUCGGCAUGCCAGCCUGGUACGUUGCUGCCUGCCGUGCCAAUGUGAAGAGCGGAGCUAUUAUGUCUGCUUUGUCUGAUACUGAGAUUCAAAGAGAAAUUGGCAUCAGCAAUCCUCUUCAUCGCUUAAAGCUCCGAUUAGCGAUCCAGGAGAUGGUAUCGUUGACGAGUCCAUCAGCACCUCCAACAUCCAGAACACCCUCAGGCAAUGUCUGGGUCACCCAUGAAGAGAUGGAAAAUCUUGCUGCUCCAGCUAAAACGAAGGAGUCUGAAGAAGGCAGCUGGGCUCAGACCCUGGCUUAUGGUGAUAUGAACCACGAAUGGAUAGGUAACGAAUGGCUCCCCAGUCUGGGUUUACCUCAGUAUCGAAGUUACUUUAUGGAAUGCCUGGUAGAUGCAAGGAUGUUAGAUCACCUGACAAAGAAAGAUCUGCGUGUGCACUUAAAAAUGGUGGAUAGCUUUCAUCGAACAAGCUUGCAAUAUGGAAUCAUGUGUUUAAAGAGGUUGAAUUAUGAUAGAAAAGAACUGGAAAAGCGAAGAGAAAUGAGUCAGCAUGAAAUAAAAGAUGUGCUGGUAUGGAGCAAUGAUCGAGUCAUACGCUGGAUACAAGCUAUUGGCCUCCGGGAAUAUGCAAAUAAUAUUCUUGAAAGUGGUGUACAUGGUUCACUUAUAGCUCUGGAUGAAAACUUUGAUUACAGCAGUUUAGCUUUAUUAUUACAGAUUCCAACACAAAACACCCAGGCACGGCAGAUCCUUGAGAGAGAAUACAACAACCUUUUAGCACUAGGAACUGAAAGACGACUUGAGGAAAGCGAUGACAAGAACUUCAGACGUGGCCCCUCCUGGCGACGACAGUUCCCGCCGCGGGAGGUUCACGGGAUCAGCAUGAUGCCGGGCUCCUCGGAAACGCUGCCGGCGGGGUUCAGGUUAACCACCACAUCAGGGCAGUCUCGGAAGAUGGCCACAGAUGUUGCUUCAUCACGACUGCAGAGGUUAGACAGCUCAACAGUUCGCACAUACUCAUGCUGA